AUGGCGAUAUAUACAUCUGACCGACCGCACGUACGCUUAUGUGAUGUGCAGGGCGAGGUGGUGGGGGAGGCGCGGAGCGUGCAGUGCGACUGCUGCGGGAUCGCGGAGGAGUGCACGCCCACCUACAUCGGCCGCGUCCGGGCGCACUUCCACGGCAAGUGGGUGUGCGGGCUGUGCGCCGAGGCCGUCAAGGAGCGCCAGCAGCGGGACCCCGACCUCGCCGUGGCCGCCGCCGUCGACGCCACGGCCGCGCUCUGCCAGCGCUUCAACUCCACCGUCCGCCUCAACCCCAAGCUGUCCCUCGCCAGCUCCAUGCGCGACAUCGCCCGCAAGAGCUGCCAGCACCGCGGCGCCACCGGAUCGGGCACCUGCACCGCCGGCGCCGGGAUCAAUUCCUCCGACGCAGCCUGCUGCGGCGCCGGCCGCGCCACCAGCUGCGCCCUGCGCUACGUCUGACGUUCAACAAACCAGGCCACGACUACAGAUCGAUCACAUGCAUGCAUGCAUGCAUGCGUUCGCUCGCCUGGGGUGUUAGUUGACCUUGCAUGUCUUUGUGAUGAUACUAUUAACGUGAAUUACUCAUUAUGUCAUUAUUAUAUGUUAUAUUAUCCAUGCACCGUAUGCACAUGUGCGUGCUGGCAGUGAGAUGUAACCCUAACUCUUUUUUUGAGUUGGCUGUGAGAUGUAACUGAAUGUACGUGUGUGGCCGGGUCUACCGGAUACAAAUAACAAUAUUUGACGUUGGAGAAACUA